AUGGCGGACGACGGGUACAAUCACAGCCACCGCGCGUUUCUGCAGGCCUUCAUGUCGCGGUCGACGAUGACGCUGGAGGAGGCCAAACCAGUUCUUGCUGCUAUAUUUACUGUGAGCGAAGGGAGGGAGAUCUCGCCGGGAGACAUCACCCAAACGGACCUGAAUACCUAUAUAGCAGCCAUCAACACAGCCAUAUCGGCCUUUGACCUUGAGAUACGCAGCACUGCUCACCAGACACAGCAAUCGCGCGUGUACGCCCUCAUAAACACCACCAGCGACCCGAUGAUGCAGCUUGCCACGACCUACAGCGCAGAUGAGAUCGCCUAUGUCAAGCGUCUGCUCGAUGCCAUGUUUGAGUCCAACAACACCUCUCGCUGCGAAGCCAUGGUCGUCUCGUCCAUUGAGGCCGUUAGACUUGCCCGUACGGGAGCCAAUUUGAACCGGAGACAAUCGGAGGGAGUUCCCCAGAGCGGCACCGCGCAGCCAUUGAGCAUGAGAGAGGCCGAAGGCAUGCUGAGCCGUUUGGUAGCGGAAGGCUGGCUGGAGAUGAGUCGGGGGUACUACAGUCUCUCACCCAGAGCAUUAAUGGAGCUUCGAGGAUGGCUGGUUGAGACUUAUAAUGAAGAGGAAGAUGAGAAUGGGGAUACUCACCGAAACAACAGGAUUAAGACGUGUUUUGCCUGCAAAGAAAUUAUAACAGUGGUAUGA